AUGAAGGAGGACCUGUACCAGAAUUCGUUUCUAAUCAAUCGAGUAAUGUCGUCAGAUCUGACAGCAGGGAGCGAAGUCAUGAUCCAAGGCCUUGAGGAGGGAUACAACGGCAAGUCAGGAGUCGUGCUGGAGACAGGAGAGAGGUUCAAGGUUCAAGUUGGGGAGGAAACCCUCCUCGUCGAGCCUGGCAACCUCGUUCUUGCGCGCAAGGAGGACGUGGGAGCAGGGCGCGAGGAGGAGGGGAGGGUUUGCGCCAUCUGCUACGAUCCGCUGACAGAGAAGGAGCGUGCAGAGCUCCCUUGCUGCGGCAAUGCUUCCUCGACAGUCCAGUACUGCACCGAGUGUAUCCAAGUUAUCAUAGAAAGAGUUCCCCCCGAGCACUGCCCUGAGAGCUGGGGGAGGCGCGAGGAAUGGCUGGAGAGCAUCCGGCAGACGAGGAGGAACAUGGGAGCAGCAGCAGGAGGAGGAAGGGAGGAGGAAGAGCGUGUCGAGGAGCAGGUCGAGGAGCAGGACGGAGGAGGUUUGGCGCGAUGUGUAAUGAUGUAA